AUGAAUGAGACUCUAGGUCGCGGGUACGCCCGCAUAGAGGCGAUUCGUGCUGCCCGCGGUGAGCCCCUUUCAUCCAUGCCGGACCCCGGCGCUCCGCCCCCGGACAGAUACAACUCCGUGUAUCUAACACUAUGCAUAGCAGGGGCGGCCUUCCUUUUACCCUUUAACAGUUUCAUAAUGGCCGUGGAUUACUUCCAACACCACUAUCCGAACUCUACAAUAAUGUUUGACAUGUCGACUGUUUACAUCACAUCUGCAUGCUUUGCGGUUGUGGCUAACAACCUGCUACUGGAUCUUUUUACGUAUAAUACUAGAAUCACUUUUGGUAUCCUAGUAUCUCUAGCAACAAUGUUGUUUGUGGCUGUAUGCAAUAUAGGAUGGGACGGCUUCUCAAGAGAUGUCUCCUACACCAUCAACUUAGUGGCCAUAGGUGUAGUGGCCUUCGGCUGCACGGUGCAGCAAGCCUCGUACUACGGAUUUACUGGGUGUUUGCCACCAAGGUAUACCCAAGCAGUUAUGGCAGGUGAAAGCGCCGCAGGCUUCUGGGUAUCUCUAGACCGAAUUAUCACUAAGUAUGGUUUUCGACAACCACAACGAAGUACAUUCAUGUUCUUCGUGUUCUCAAUAUUGAUUCUCCUGGCCCAUUCGAUGCUGCACCACGUUAUGAUGCGACACCCGCUGGUACAGUAUUACUUGAGGCUUACGAAUGAAUCGAGGAACAGGCGACGCAUUCAACUGCAUCUUAACCCGAAUGAAGAUGCCACUUUGAUGGAAAGUGAGGCCGGCGAGGCUAGUUAUGGAGUUUUGAAACUGCAGAGCCCAGUACUGUCCACAACUGGACAAGCCGAAACUGAAACAAACACCUUUAGUUUCGCGAAUCCAGUAUACUCACCGACUGCUGUUGCAUCAGUGCCUGCUGGCGAAUCUGCUGCAGAACCGUUGCCUGAAAACGUUGCAUUUGAGCAAUCAUCAGCGCUGCGCACACCUCGACCCUCCUACAAAGUAGAAGACGUAGUGUUCGAGUCGCCGGAGAGGCCAACUUCAUGGAGAGCCUUCAAACGUGGAGUCCUGGCACGGUUGGCAGUAGGUCGCGCGAUCUACCCAUAUCAGGUGUCGAUCGGCCUGGUGUACUUCACAACGCUGAGCCUGUACCCCGGCAUAGCGUCAGAGAUUCCGUCCUGUCGCCUCGACUCCUGGAUGCCCAUCGUACUCAUGUCUUGUUUCAACUUCUUCGAUUUUAUAGGAAAAAUAGCAGCUGCGUGGCCAUAUGAAUGGAGUCGCAGCCAACUGCUAAUGGCGAGUGGAAUUCGGUUGCUGCUUGUGCCGCUCAUGCUGCUCUGUGCUGCGCCGAGACAGUCGCCGCAUAUUGUCGGCGAUAUAUAUCCUAUACUUUUCUCCGUAGUGCUAGGUUUCUCGAAUGGGCUGUUUGGCUCCGUACCAAUGAUAUUGGCUCCAUCCCGUGUUGGAAGGGAACAUCGCGAAAUUGCAGGUAACAUGAUGACUUUCUCAUACAACGGUGGUCUUCUCUCCGGCUCGCUGGUGUCAUAUCUACUUCUGGGUAUGCUGGGCCCGAAGUCCACACACUCGCCAUGCCGGGUGUACCCUACGCCUCUGCUCCCGACGCGAACACCGCCUACCAUCGCCAACCUGACAUACGCCGCUACUACACCUCACUAG